CGCUCGGUAAAAAGGUAAAAACACACUGAUUCAUUCCACUAUCUAACACUUUCGCACCAACUCCGUCUCUCACUCACACUAAACCAGGCAAAGGGCCAAAACAUAGCCAACAACACCCAAAUUUCUCCUCCACCGCCACGGCAGCAAUGGAUGGCCGAUCAACCACCCGAAUUUCCAUCCAAAUCCCCAAACCCGGCAGCCGAUUAUCAGUUCAGCACCAGGGCAAGGAUCACACCCCCGCGGCGCUGCUUCCGAUUGAGCCGCCCAAUCAAAUCGUCUGCUCCCUCGCCGCCGCCACCGCACAUUCCUCGUCGUCCCCGUCACCGCGUUUCCAAUUACCCGAAGGCUGGAUCAUCGAGGAGCGACCCCGUCGGACAAUUCUUCCUGGAGGAACCCUCGCCGACAAGUAUUACAUCGAGCCAGGGAGUGGAGGAAAGCGGUUCCGUUCACUAUCAGCUGUAAAAAGAUACCUUACGCAAGGGGGAGAAUUUGUAGCUAACCGCAGGGCAAUCAAGCCGAGAUAUGAGCAGAACAAUAUGCAAAUUGUUCCUAGUAUCUCGGACGGCAGCUCGCAACUGGGUCUACCUUGUGGUUGGCUUGUGGAGUCGAGGCCAAGGAGGGAUGCAAGUAGGUUUGACAAGCAAAUAACUCCCAGGUUGUUGAAGAGCAUGGACCGGUUACCGGAAGUUUGCCAUCCCUAGGUGCUAAUGGAAAACCGUCCUGUUUAGUUCCCAUGCUUCUCUUGCAUGGAUAGUGACACCAUCUGCCAAGUGGCAAGUAUCUUAAGAAUUAACUGUAUACCUAAGUGUUUAGAAACUCUUCUAGUAGACUGAAUGUUCGAAGCUAGGUUGAGAACUGGCAUUCCUUUGUGCAGUAUUACAUUGAGCCAGGGACUGGAAGGCGGUUCCGUUCCCUACCAUCUGUACAGAGACACAUAACAGGAGGUAAAGAAGCUGCAAAGCCAAAGAUGAUCAAGCCAAGAUCUGACCAGGACAAUAUGCAAAUUGUUCCCAUUGUCACCGAUAUCAGCUCAGAAAUGGGUCUACCAUACGGUUGGCUUGUUGAGUUAAGGAGACGUAGUGAUGGAAGUAAAUAUGACAGGUAUUACAUUGAGCCAGGUACUGGACGGAAGUUCCGAUCUCUGGUCUCUGCUCAGAGACACAUCACACAAGACGACGACCUUACAGCUACGCUCAAGGCUAUAAUAUCAGUCGAUGAUUAUUCUACUGGUAAUACGUUCACUGGGAAGCUGAAAAUCAAACGCUUAGCAGAUGUAGGAAACAAUGAUGCACUACCCAUGCCACAGCAUUCAGACACCAAACCCCUGGUGGAUGUGAAGGAGACCGGAGCACUGAGAAGACCCGGUCUUCCCACAUCACCAACACGAGUGAAGUGGGUUUUCGAUGGUCAGGGCGAAAAUACUUGGAGACCUUCCAUCGAUGACUCUCUGGUGCCUAAUUCUGAAAUACACGAGUGGUCCGAAGCAUUUGUGAUGAGCAUGGACUCUCAAUGACCAUAUUUUCAAGACUUUCUAGCGGGAAAAUGUGGUGGAGGCGGUGGUGAAAAAUGCAGAGAUUACCUCCCCUCUCCCCUCGUUGUUUGUCCAGUUUUCAGGAGCGAUGACUUUGGUUAGAUCCCAAUGGUUCGACUUUGUACAGUUUUGGACAGAAGAUGGCUUAGCUCGGGUGUAUUAAAAGGAAUAACUCGUUCCGGCUCCAACUGACUGCAGAGAUGCUAUUAGCCACUACCUCACCUCUACUUGCAACUCGCUUAAUUAUUCAUUCCCGCAGCUCGCAAUGUAUUGUGAUCUUGGAUGAAGUUUCAGGUGGGAGCAAGACCAAUAAUUAAGCAAAUUUCAGAAUUUCCAUCUUAGCUCGCAAUGUCUUACUCUUGCGGCUACCUUUCUUUUUACAAAGCUGAGAAAUAAGGAGGAAAGCAAAAGACCUCUUUGCUCCUUCAUGGUCUUCCUUUAU